AUGAGGGUUCAGUCUGAAUCGACGGUUGUGACCAGCACGCUAAUCGUGGUGGCAUGUAACGGACCACUGCUCUGCGGCCGGAACACGAUAGAGUCCUUCCGUAAGGCGGGUGUGUCCUUCUGGGACACUGAAACCACCUCGAGUGUAAAUGUUGUUCGUGAUAAGAUGGUGCAUCUGCUCGAUGAAUUUUCCGAUCUUUUCGAGAACAAGCUUGGCUGUUGCAAGGGCCCCCCUGUGCAAUUACACCUUAAAGAAGGAGUCCGCCCACGUUUCUGUAAGGCACGUAUAGUGCCUUAUGCCAUGCGCUCCAAGGUUUCAACCGAGAUCGACCGUCUUGUACAAGACGGAGUGCUUUCGUCGAUAAGCAUUUCAGAUUGGGCAACACCGGUGGUGCCGGUAGCAAAAAAGAACGGCGAUAUACGAUUGUGCGGCGAUUUAAAAUUGACAGUCAAUCCGGCGUCGCACUUGGAACAGUAUCCCCUGCCCAAAGUUGAAGACAUAUUUGCGGCGCUUUCUGGAGGCGAAGUCUUCAGCACUCUGGACCUGCGGAAUGCGUACAAUCAGCUGCCGCUGGACGACGAAGCUAGAAAGAUCGCGGUACUCAACACACACCGGGGCCUUUACUGCUACAAUCGCCUAGCAUUUGGAAUUGCUUCAGCCCCCGCCUUGUUCCAGCGACGCAUGGAAUCGAUUUUGCAAGGUUUGCCGAAUGUUCAAGUGUACCUCGACGACAUCAUUGUGGCGGAGAAGGAAAACGACACAUCGGUACUGCGGCAGGUGUUUCAGCGGCUUCGUGAACACAACUUGAAGUUGAACAAAGCCAAGUGCCGGUUUAGGGAAGCACAAGUGUCGUUUCUGGGGCACCGAAUCGAUGCCAAAGGUCUGCAUCCUCUGCAAGAUAAACUCGAGGCGGUACUGGCCGCGCCGAAGCCAACAUCGCAGUUUGCAGACAGCACGAGCGAGGACAUGCUUCUCCGACAGGUGAAGACGUGGAUUCUUCGUGGUUGGCCAAACCAGCUGGGGCCGGAGCAACAGUGCCUUCAGCCGUACUUCACCCGCAGAUCAACACCGACUCGAGAUGGCAAGUCGCCCACCGAGAUGUUGCUGGGUUUUCUACCCAGGACCCGCCUAAGCGCACAUUUUCCAGAGGAAGAGGUGGCACGGGAUCCCACGGUGAGCAGACCCCCGGCACCGUUGUCACAAGUCUUUUUACGGGGAGCGCCUGUUUGGUCACGGCAGUAUAAUCACGCUGGCCAGAGAUGGUUACCCGACACGGUGACGUCAACAAGAGGUAGGCGUAUGGUCACGGUGGACACCACAGGAGGGGUGCAGCGCCGUCACGUGGACCAAGUGCGGCCACGACUCGCAGCGGAUGACGUAAAGCAAGAAUUCAACGCAACACGGCCCGGAGACAACCAAGUCACAGAGAGUGAUCAACCCUCUCCAGUGGACGACGCUGAACCAUCAUCAGACGGAUCACUUGGUACACCCCUGACUUCCAGUGAAGUAACCUCCAGUGUACCGGCGGGCUUAGGACUUCCUAGGCGUUCUACGCGCACAAGGAGGCCUCCCGACAGGCUAGGCUUCUAA